AGCGGGCCCGCGCCCGCCUGGCGCGGGCGGCCGCCCGGCCGCCCGGCGAUGCACUCGGCGAGCUUCCCGCCGCUGCCGGGCGCGGCCGCGGCGAGUGCGUUGCAGCCGGCCCCGCUGGUGGCGCGCCUGCCGGGCGAUGCCGUCGCGGGCGGCGGUCGGCCCAGCGGUGCCUCCUUCCACAGCAGCGCGGGGCGCUUCGUGGAGGACCUCGUGGAGCGCCUGACGAGGAUACACGCCGAGGAGGUGGGCGCCCUCAGACAGGAGAACGAGGACCUGCGGGCGGAGCUUCGGGCCGAGCUGGAGCGGGUGACGGCUGGGUUCCGACAGGAUCCCCGAGAACGAGGACCUGCGCGCGGAGCUGGCGCGCGUGGCCGCCGCCGGCCGCCAGGAGAGCGGCCUCCUGCGAGCGGAGCUGGCGCGGGUGACCGCCCUCGGCGAGCAGGAGAGCGACGAGCUGCGGGCGGAGCUGGCGCGGGUGACCGGCAUCACCAACGGGUACCUCGCGAGGGAGAGAAGCAGUUGCACGACAUGCUGCAGCAGCUGACCGUGACGUACACUGAGGCGACCGCUCGCCUGGUGCGGCAGCCCUCGAGCAGGCCGCCCUCCCCGAAGACGUGGGCGGAGUCCCAGGCCAACCUCUCCGAGAUCCAGCACCUGCUCAGGCAGCAGGCCGACGACAUGUGGCGCCGCCAGGCGCUGCAGGAGGUGCGCCAGCAGGAUGCCGAGGCGCACCUCCUGUCGGCCGUGCGCCAGCAGGAGACGGAUGCCCACCUACUGCAAGCCGCAACCAAGGUCCGCCCCGCGCGCGGCCGCCCAGAAAGCCCCGCGGACCUGGGCUGCGCCGCGGGCCCCGGCUCGCCGGGGCAGCUGCGCAUGGCGAGGCAGUUCGGGGAGUCGCCGCCCGUCCAGACGCUGUUUCGGGACGCCGCGAUACACGACAGGUCGACGACAGUCGGCCCAACGCCCUCGGCGACACGCAGUUCACCGUGGACGUGACCGCGGGUGACCUUCUUUGGGGGCCGAGUCGCCCUCGUCUCGACCGCCAGAGCGGCCAACGACAUGUUAUUGUACAGGUGCGGCGACUUCGAUCGCGCUGUUGUAUCACUUUUGUGGCACAUAUCCCAAAGAGAUGCUGCCAGCCUGACAUCACUGCGGGUCGUGGAACGCGCUCGUCUACUGCGGCCUGUGCCUGCGGAAGGGCUCUGCCGGCCUCCGCCGAAGGCGCCACGGACGCUGCUCGGCGCGCGCGAGCUCCGCCGCCAGAGCGCAGGAGGCCAAACAUCGGCAGGAGCCUUCUCGCACGAAAA